AGUGGCUAGCACCCCUUAUGAUUGGCGGAAGGGAAAAGAGGAAGAGAACCGCGGUGUAGGUACUUCGCCCGGUCGAGAGAGAGAGAGAGGGAGAGGGAGAGGGAGAGGGAGAGCGAUCCAGUCAAUGGAGACCCACUCCUCCUCUGCCUCCGGUGGCGGAGUGGCACGGGUGGCCAGCAGCAGCAGCCUCGGCGGGGGUGGGGGCCGCGCCGUGAAGGUGAUCCCGCUGCAGGACCCGGCGCCGCCCUCCCCCUACCUGCAGUCGGCUGCGCUCGCCUCACGGUGGGCGGAAAAGGUCCGGGGCAUGUCGGCCCUCGCGUGGCUGGAGCUCCUCCUCCCCUGCUCCCGGUGGAUACGGACGUACCGGUGGCGGGAGUCCCUCCAGGCCGACCUGAUGGCUGGCAUCACCGUCGGCGUCAUGCUCGUCCCUCAGGCCAUGUCGUACGCCAAGUUAGCAGGCCUUCAGCCAAUCUACGGGCUCUAUGGAGGCUUCGUCCCGGUACUCGUGUACGCCGUUUUCGGGUCUUCGCGGCAGCUCGCGGUCGGCCCCGUGGCUUUGACCUCUCUCCUGGUGUCCAAUGUUCUCAGCCCCAUCGUCGACUCUUCCGACGAGCUGUACACGGAGCUAGCAAUUCUGCUGGCUCUCAUGGUUGGCAUAUUGGAAUGCCUAAUGGGCUUGUUCCGGCUUGGGUGGAUUAUUCGUUUUGUUAGUCACUCUGUGAUAUCAGGCUUCACCACUGCUUCAGCCAUUGUAAUUGCAUUAUCUCAGUCCAAAUACUUCCUGGGAUACAGCAUAGUUCGCAGCAGCAAAAUAAUACCACUAGUCAAGAGCAUAAUUGCUGGAGCAGAUGAUUUCUCAUGGCCCCCCUUUGUGAUGGGAUCUAUUUUUCUCACUGUUCUUCUUACAAUGAAGCACCUGGGAAAAUCAAAUAAGAAUUUAAGGGGUGUCAGAGCAGCUGGACCCCUUACAGCAGUUGUUCUUGGCACAAUUUUUGUCAAAAUAUUUCAUCCAUCUUCAAUUUCGGUGGUAGGUGAAAUACCUCAAGGCCUUCCAAAGUUCUCCAUCCCUAGAGGAUUUGAGCAUGUGAAAUCUCUAAUUUCAACAGCAUUUCUCAUUACUGGUGUGGCCAUUUUGGAAUCUGUGGGUAUUGCCAAAGCUUUGGCUGCAAAAAAUGGAUAUGAAUUGGACUCGAAUCAAGAGUUAUUUGGUCUUGGUGUGGCGAAUAUUUGUGGUUCAUUCUUCUCAUCAUACCCUUCAACUGGUUCUUUUUCAAGGUCAGCUGUAAAUAAUGAGAGUGGAGCUCGAACUGGGCUAUCUGGAAUUAUAAUGGGAAUUAUAAUGGCAUGUGCUCUUUUGUUUCUGACACCACUUUUCACUGAAAUACCUCAGUGUGCUCUGGCUGCCAUCGUGAUAUCUGCUGUCAUGGGCUUGGUGGAUUAUGAAGAAGCUAUUUUCUUGUGGUGUCUAGAUAAGAAGGAUUUCCUUCUAUGGACCAUUACUUUCAUUACAACAUUAUUCUUUGGCAUUGAGAUAGGUGUUCUUAUUGGGGUCGGCGUCUCACUUGCAUUUGUCAUCCAUGAAUCAGCAAAUCCUCACAUAGCUGUACUGGGACGUCUUCCUGGAACCACUGUAUAUAGAAACAUUCUGCAGUAUCCUGAAGCAUACACAUACAAUGGAAUAGUUAUUAUCCGAAUCGAUUCACCAAUCUAUUUUGCAAACAUAAGUUACAUUAAAGACAGAUUACGUGAAUAUGAACUCGAUCUUGAUGGUAGCACAAAACGUGGGCCAGAUGUUGGAAGAAUAUACUUUGUUAUCAUUGAAAUGUCACCUGUUACAUACAUCGACUCUAGUGCAGUUCAAGCUCUAAAGGACUUGAAUCAAGAGUACAGAUCACGAGGCAUACAGAUCGCCAUUGCCAACCCUAAUCGGGAGGUCCAUCUACUGCUCUCAAGGUCCAAUCUCAUAGAGAUGAUUGGCAAAGAAUAUUUCUUUGUGAGGGUGCAUGAUGCGUUACAGGUCUGCCUUCAACAUGUGCAAAGCCUGAAUCCAUCAUCACCUAAGGUAUCAUCAGGCCACACUCCGCCGAGGACGCGUAGCUUUCUGCAGAGUAUAUGGAAACAAGGUUCAGAUGGUUCCACCCCUGAAGUGGAACCACUGUUGCCCCGUAAUGAAGUUUAAAUUGCUUUUCCAGGUAUUUGUUGCGAAUCCAAAUGCUUGAUUUGGAUUUGCAUUUGAGUUUAUUGUGUGGAUGAUUUAUCUCUGUAUCAUGGCUGUCUCCCUCCGAUUCAAACCCAUAUAUUUUUCUUGUAUACGGAGUAGGUAACAGCAUAGUCCAUUCCAUUGAUCA